AUGACGCAGAGGUUCUAUGCGAAUACAACUCGUUUUGUUCCUCGACCCGAGAAGAAGGGACGUAAUCUUCGUCAAAUUGAAGAACAAUUUCGUAUUUUGGAUGAGAAGGAGAAAAAAUUGAGGGAAAAGUUUGUUGAGGAAGAAGAGAAGGACACAAAUUCAAGUUUGAAUACGAGUGCUUUUAAUUCUAGUAUUUUAUCAGCAGCUAAUGAAUCUCUUAAUCAGAGUUCAAACACUGUUGAGGGAAUUGAUAAUACAUUUAUCAUGACCUUUGAAAAGAGAGCAAAAAGCACUAACAGCCAUCAUAACCCUUUCCGAUCAGUUCCUCCCAAACCAAAACCACCAAAGCUGAUUGUUGUGCCAAACACUACAACACAAUUUAGAUCAUCUCUUCAUCUUAAACAAACAGCAAGAAAACGAUCACAACCAAAUAUUCUCACCCAAAGCACUCCAAACAAUACAAGCUAUUACUCUGAAGCGGAAACAGAAGAGGAAAUCAACAUUCAAGAUCGUACUACAUUGGACAAUGAAGAAGAAACUGAAGAGAAGGAAAUUGCUGAGGAGCUUCCAACAAUAUUUACAUUAUCCUCUGGAAUGGAUCCAAAAGUAACUGAGAUUUUCUCCUUUGAGGUGAGAGUCCACCAACUAGCAGAACAUCCAAAUGGUUUGUUUGAUGUAAAGGUUUAUGACGAAUCCAAGCCAUUCGAAAGAGUAUUUAUCUUGAAAGAUUUGAGAAUUAAUAGAGAUUGCUAUAUUAUUUUCCAUGAACCAAGUUUUAUCAAAUUCAAUGCUCUUACCCUUCCUUGGGUUGAAAGGCCAGAGAAUCUGGUGAAUCACACAAUUGUAGUUGAGGUGCAAGGAACCUAUCCAACGAAAACAAAGAUUGCAAAGAGCACCAUCAAAUUCUCUCACAAACAAUCACCAGUUUCCGAUUUCCUUAACAGAAGCAAAAGAUCCAUUACUCCUCCCGAAUCUAAAACAAUGUCACCAUCCAGGUCAACACCAAAAGUUCUCAAUCUUUCAUUCAAUAAUACUCUUCCAUUCACCACAACCCCAUCCGUACCAAAAGAGAAUGAUCUUCAAAGAAGUUUGAGUUGCAUUCCAGUUACAAGUCUAUCCCUUAAAAUACAGACACCAGCUGUUCCUAUCGAAGAAGAUAUGAUACAAAGACACAAACUUGAGAGAUCCAACUCUAUCGAUUCUCAGCUUUCCCCAAGUUCUCAAAAAUACAGGCAAUUACAGGCACUCAGAGAGAACAUGAAACUCAAUUUAAUGCUUCAACAAAAAUUGCUUAGUUAAUUCUUUUACUCAAGAGAUAAGACGAGAAGGGAAAUGGAAUAUCAUUGAUUUGGAAUACUAUUAAAGCAUGAAUAUGGGCAUGAUACUAGUUACAUCAUUACGAGUUGUGUGAAACGAACUCUAUCCUCCAUGUAUCAAAGAUGUACCAGUAAUAUCUAUUGAACAGAAUGCAAAGUGUCUAUUUGUUUGGAUAAUACACCAGCCGCAACCAACGAAUGAUGCAAGAUAAUCAUAAAAAAUAUUCACAACUGUCUUUGAC